AUGGAUGCUGAAGCAGACAUCAUGGAAGCAAGGUUCGACAGGGACAGGAACCCAAGAUACGAUAGCGAGGCGAAUCAAUAUGAAGAUGAGCUAGAGGACGAAAUGUUUGACAGAAUGUUCAAGAAGAUUAAGGCUAAACAAGAUGCUGAAGAUCUGAUGGAUGAAGACUACCAAGAACACGAAUGGAUAACUGCCAAUGAUGACAUGGACUACGAAGACGAAUACGAGUCUGAACUAGACGAUGAAGAAACCAAGCAUAUGUUAGACAAACUGGCAGCUGAGUUAGUGGAACUUGGAAAACCGGAAGAAGAAGAAGUUCUGUUCGAAUUUGAUGACAACACACAAGAAGAUGUGGCAGUUGAAUCAGAAGAGGAAGACGGUGUCGCUCGUGCAGGAGUGAGAUUCGCGGACACAGAUGAUAACAAGUUUGACACAGAAGGAAUUGUGAGAAGCUACAGUGACGACGGUUUCGAGGUUGGAGCAAAAAGGGUACUUCGCCCAAGACACAAUCGAUCCUACUUCUCACAAGGGGUAAAAAUGAGACCCACUGAGAGAUACAGAAGAGCGAAAUCAAGAUUUGGACAGGCAUACCUGCAAAAAAGGAAUCCGCCUGUGCCAAACGUUUUGAGAAACAGGCGUGCAAUGAGAAGAAAAGCACGAAUGAAAAGACUCCGAGUCUCGCUGUAUCAAGCGAUUAAGAAACAAAUUGACACGCGAAGAAAUGGAGCACAGUUGCAAGGAAACCUUAAGCACAAGCGUUCCAGCGAUCAAGAAACGAAUUGA